CUCGACUUUCGAGUAAAGACCAACCUUGAGGACAGCGCUGCAGCUAGAUAGCCAGCCAUGUUGGGACUCAAGGCUACGAUGGCGGUCAUUGACAACUCCGGCGGCCUCAUCGCCGAGUGCGUCAACGUCUUGCGCAAGCCCAUGUCAAGAGGACUGGCAACCGUAGGCGACGAAAUAGUCGUCGUAAUCCAAAAAGCCCGCCCCAUCCCCCUCAACGCGACCGGCCCCGCCUCCGCCCCCAAGAUCCGUCGCGGUGACGUCCGUCAUGCCGUUGUCGUCCGCACCCGCAAAGAGCUCAAACGACCCGACGGCCGUGUCGUCCGAUUCGACGAUAAUGCUUGCGUCCUCCUGAACAAUCGCAAAGAGCCUCUGGGAACGCGCAUCUCCGGGGCUGUCGCGAGUGAAUUGAGGGGAAGGGGGUGGGGAAAGAUAUUGAGCUUGGCGGGUAAGGUUGUUUAGCUGGGUGAAAGAGGAUGGGAGGGAUGGUAAUAGUCAGACACUACUCAGUUGACGGCGUGUAAUUCUAGAUAAAAGCAUUGUGUUCAUUAUGAGGAAGCGAUGAUGA